AUGCGGUCAGCUAAAGCUGUUGUGUCCGAGAAACUUGCGCGCAUCGUUCCUGCGGCCACAAUGUCAACUGCACAGCGCCAACCAGCUUACACAACAACCUCGCUGAAGCGAUGGUCAGUGGCUACGAAGGCUCUCCCAGCUAUUUCUCAAAUCCGUUCUAUUCAUGUCUAUGAUUUCGAUAAUACCCUAUUCCUAAGCCCUCUACCCAACCCGCAGCUCUGGAAUGGGCAAACAAUCGGCCUGCUGCAGACCGAAGAGAGCUUUGCCAACGGCGGUUGGUGGCAUGAUCCCAAUCUUUUGGCAGCUACCGGACAAGGGAUAGACAUCGAGGAACCAAAGGGAUGGAAAGGAUGGUGGAAUGAGAAUAUCCUUCGUCUUGUCCAACUCAGUAUGCAACAAAAGGAUGCACUCACGGUCCUCUUGACUGGCCGAGGCGAAGAUCGGUUUGCCGAUAUCGUCAAACGCAUGGUUGCGAGCCAAAACUUGGAAUUCGAUAUGAUCGGCCUCAAGCCGGAAGUUAGUCCUAACGGACAUAAGUUCCCUUCGACUGCGCAAUUCAAGCAGAAAUUUCUCGAAGAUCUCAUUUUCACUUACGAACAGGCCGAGGAUAUUCGAGUUUACGAAGACCGUGUUAAGCACGUGAAAAUGUUCCGCGAUUACUUUGAAGGCAUGAAUAUGAGCUUGCAAACCGGACAAACUCCCGUACCCAGGAGACCCAUCACUGCUGAAGUCAUUCAGGUAUCUGAGGGCGUCACGUAUUUGGAUCCAACGGCAGAGAUUGCCGAGGUGCAGCGCAUGAUCAAUUCUCACCAUCUAGCCUUGCGCACUUCAGGCCCACGAAAGAUGAGGUCAGGCUAUGGAGGGUUCCGCAUUAGGAAAACGGUGCUCUACACAGGAUACUUGAUCUCUAAAGAAGACCAAAUGCGUCUGAUUCAGGAAGUCCUGGGUCCAAUCCUACCUCAAGGACUCGCCGAGUCAAAGGAUAUAAAGUACACGGCUAACAACAUCAUGAUUGCUCCCCGUCCCGCCUCCAAGCAGAUUUUAGACAGAAUCGGUGGCGCCGGCAAGAAAGUAAAAUGGCAGGUUACCGGCACCGCAAACUUCGAGAACAAGGUAUGGGCCGCACGGGUACAACCCAUUCCCGGAAAUACCCCAAUCCAUUCCGAAAAUGCGGUGCCACUCGUCGUUCUGGCCUGCCGCAAGCCUGCCCGCCCUGUGGAUGCAAGUUUAAUUCAAAAUUGGCACCCUGUGCCAGCAGAAAUGGCGAUCACUUUCCAGACAGAAAUCGGGGAGAAAGAGGUCCUUUCAGUCGAUGAGACCAAUCAAAAUGGUGAUCGGAUUAACCCAUCCGGCAAGAACAACAAGAAACGCCAGCGUCAGCAAUAUGAAGACGGUUACUCCUAUGCUCAGUCAGGUCACCACGCUAGCUACGACGGACCCGCACCUUCACACGACCAUCCACAUGGCCAUCAUUCCAAACAGUACCAUUAUGACGAUGGUCCUCGUCGGGGCUCUCAGCGUGGCCGUGGCCGUGGUAGCCAGAGAGGCCGAGGGAAUAAUGGUCGUGGUGGUCGCGGCCGUGGCCGCGGCGGUGGUACGGGUCCUGCAAAUCCGUACUACAAGUCUCUGGAUGACUCUGCUAGUGGUUUUGAUGGCACACAUUCCGGCGGAAACCAAAAUGGAGGGUAUCCCAUGGACUACUAA